AUGCAUGUUAAUGAAAGAUUCUGGGUGAACCAAGUAUUUUUGAUCUUGGUUCUCCUAGCUACCUUUACAGUUGGUCAAAUAUCGUACGUUACCAUUGAGGAAGAUACUACAGGAUUAGGAGCGCUCUACGCUGAUUCUUCGCAUCCAGACAAUACUAUUUUAUUUAGGUUGGCCCGUUUAGGAGGAACCGGUUGUAAUGAAGCAACCAUUUUGUUCCGUACAAUCUCAGCCGAAGGUGUAGUAACCCCCUUUAAUUUAGCAGGCGAAGAUAUCGCAGAUAUCAGUCCAACCAAUUUUUGUCAAUCACCAAAGAAAAGAUCGAUAUUUGAAAAUAAUCACAAUCGUAGACGUCUACUUGAAAACUAUUUAACGAGAAGGACCGAAGAUGGCAAGAAUCCUAAAGAGCCCGAUGAUGAUACACCUAAAGAGCCACCUAAAGAGCCCGAUAAUGAUACACCUAAAGAGCCACCUAAAGAGCCCGAUAAUGAUACACCUAAAGAGCCACCUAAAGAGCCCGAUAAUGAUACGCCUAAAGAGCCACCUAAAGAGCCCAAUGAUGAUACGAAUAAAGAGCCACCUAAAGAGCCCAAUGAUGAUACGAAUAAAGAGCCUACACCCAAGGAAACACCCAAGGGAACGCCUAAAUCACCUGCACCUGUCCCGGAUGGAAUUGGAGUUCUCACUUUCGCUGACAAUCUUAUCCUCCUCUACUUUCAAUGCGGAACUGAUGUGUUACUAAUAUGCGGUAAUAUCUAUGUAAAUUAUGACAUAACAGCCCCCCUUCAAAAGAUAAGGUUUGAAGAAUCUUGCACCGAAUAUGAUGCGGUAAGGGGACAAAAUGGGUUCCUCUUUCUGUGUUAUAAACAAACGGAAUCGACGAUUUCAUGGCAAAAUUGGGGAAUUAAUGAAAGUCUGAUAAAAAGGAUUAAUUACGGAGAAAUCACAGCGGUGAAUGAAACACUUAAAGGAUCACUUGUGAAAGCGUUCCCGGUUGGUCAAGGAGCUUAUUCAGUCGUUAUGGGCUCUUAUGCUCAGCAUACGGCUAAAAAUCUCUACAUUCCUCCAAUUGGCUUGGCGGCUUAUUUCUUAACAAAUCAAAGUGAAUUAUACAACGGUCCCUAUAAUAUAUAUUUCAAUCCCGGACAAAGUGAAACGGACGAAGUUAAUUUUGCGAUUCGGGUUUGCCAUUCUCAAGCUGGAGGAUAUGGCUACCGAUGCCUAAUAACGAUAAAAAGAGUGGCCGUCACAAAAUUUAUAUCUAUUGGAUUUUCCGAGGCUGGGGAAAUCACCUCGACCUACGAAUUUCAAUCGUAUGAAGUGACCCCUACAACUGAUGUUGGGGGAGCCGCGAGUUUGCGUUAUGGUGGAUAUUGUAUUGUUAUUGUGGAUAAUGGUAAACUUGACGGUCUUGUCUAUAAUGAAAAAGGUAUUUCUGGUGGAAAAUGGGGAAUGCCGAAAGACAUCAAUUACACUCCCAAUGUCGGUGCUACCUAUAAUAAUACUGUGUACGAUAUUUUAACAAAUAUACAAAAUAAUGUGCAAUUACAAAUGUUUGCUGUAGUAACAGAUCUGGCAAAAAAACUUCCAAUCAUUGAAGAAACGAUAGGUAACGGAAUGAAGUAUACAAUUUUUGCUCCAUCAGAUCAAGCAUUUGCCAAAGUAGGAAAAUUAAGUGACGUUGCUAUCGAUAAUAUGUUAAAGUAUCAUAUCAUUCCUAAAGAGGCGAAAUCAACUGAUUUCAUUGGUAUUCAAUAUGAACCAACACUUGUUGAUUCUCCAGACUUUGUAAAGUUAACAGCAAAGGCAAAGCAAAAACUUAUCAUUAAUAAUGAAGGUGAAGCGCUUACCAUUAGCAAUGGAAAUGGCGAUGUAGGAAAGGUGGUUGGUGCCGAUAAUGUCGCAAGUAACGGGAUCAUCCAAAUCGUUGACGCAAUUAUCGAGCUACCAAAAAGUCCAAUGAGCGUAAUGGGUCAAAGAAAAGACAUAAAUGGUUUUGGAAAAUUAAUCGUCGCAGCAGGCCUUGGAAACUUACUCGACGGAUUGAUAGGAGCCACAAUAUUUGCACCAUCAAAUGAAGCGUUGACAAAAGUGCAUCAUGAAUUGCUCACUAGCAACAAUUUAACCCGGCUUACAAGUAUAAUUCGACAUCAUAUCGUACCAGAUAGAGUAGUUUUUUCGGGUGUAUUAUUAGAAGGAGCUUCGGACAAUUUAAAAAGUUAUGAAGGAUCUACAAUUCCGAUUUCAAAAAUAGGAAAGGUGCUUGCGAUCGAGAAAUCAGUCGUAAUUACUCCCGAUAUUUUAUUAAAUAAUGGAAUUUUACACGUGAUCGAUGAACUUCUUUUGCCACCUGGAAUUAAACUCACACCCGACGAGUCCGCAAAAUCACCACCAAAUAAUUCAAACGAUACAAACGAUUCAAAAAAGGAACCUAUUCCAUCUGAAGAUGACGGUAAUAACGGUUCUACUAUUAUCAUUGUUUCCGUAUUAGGAGGAUUUUUUGUUAUAUUUGCGGUUACCGCAUGGAUAUUAAUACAACUUAAGAGAAGACAGAAAACCAAAUUUUUUAAUAAACAUCUUAAUAAUGAUGAAAGUUUUGCUACUCAAAAUGAUAGAUUUAGUAAUCAAAGUUUUGGAAAUGUAAUUACGGGUCACGGUAAUACGAAUCAAGAAGCGAUUUCUCCUAAUGACGGUACCUCGAAUGUGAGAAAUGAUAGUAGGAGGAAUACGAACCUUGGUGCGAUUUCUCCUAAUGACGGUACCUCGUAUGUGAGAAAUGAUAAUAGGAGGAAUACGAAUCAAGGUGCGAUUUCUCCUAAUGACGGUACCUCGUAUGUGAGAAAUGAUAAUAGGAGGAAUACGAACCUUGGUGCGAUUUCUCCUAAUGACGGUACCUCGUAUGUGAGAAAUGAUAAUAGGAGGAAUACGAAUCAAGGUGCGAUUUCUCCUAAUGAAGACAACAUGAAUUAUGGUAGGAAUUCGAACCAAGGUGCGAUUUCUCCUAAUAUUGAUAAUAAUAUUAUGAUGGGAAAUUAUAACAAUCGAGGCGAUCAUGCUGAUUUUGAUGGAUUAAUAUUUUUGCUAAUAGCUAAAUAUCAAAUAUAA